CUACAGAGAACCGCGCAAUUCAUUUUAAAUUCGCGUCUCGCGAGAUGUCAGUUGGAAACCGUUGAGGAGCUCCGUUAAAUUUCUGGUACCCUACAGUAGUCGCUAUAUUCUCCGCUUAUUUGCUUAAAGCAUGCAAAAGGCAUUCAACUUCAAACUGUUGGUGCCCCCACGAGCUCAUCAGGUGUCUGCAUUGAAGCCGAAGGAAAUAGGCUUGAAUGAGGAGAAGUCUGUUUUUUCUUCGCCAGUUCAGGGUUACAACAAGUGUUCAGAUAUGGAGACAAGCCUUCCAUUUCCAUCCAAAAUGGUGCUUCCUACAAGGACACCAAGAGCUGAUGUUACUAAGAAGGUUGCAGUGAUACCAAUGGAAAAAGAAGAGACAUCAUUAAGAUCCAGCCAGCUGUUCUCCAGAUUGCUCGAUGAAGCCGAGAAAAUCAAAAUGUGGAAGUUCAGAGUCGAUUCUGAGAUUUCACAAAAAGACAGGAGGCUUCAGGAAAACAGGAAAACUAUUGAGACACAGCGGAAAGCUAUUCAAGAGCUUCAGUUUGCUAAUGAAAGUCUAAGCAUGAAACUAGAGGAUCAGCUUAAUGAGAAUGAAGACCUUCAGAAUAAAAGUAAUGCAACAAGGAAUUUGUGUAACAUACUGAAGGACACAUUUGAGAGAUCUGUUGACAAAAUGAGUGUGUUUGAGGCUGAACGGGAAGAAACUCAUGAUCUAUUUAUACAAAACAAUGAGAAUAUUCUGAGGAUGGGGGCAGCUUUUGAAAGUCUUAGGAAACAAGCAGAGGCCGAUCAGCAGGAUAUGUUAAAAAUGAGAGAAUGCCUCACACAGUUGGAGGAUCUUAAAAUGAAGUUUGAGAGUGAUUGUCUUGUAAAAGAAAAGGAGGUUGCCAUGCUUCAAGAAAAAGUGCACGAAAAAGAAAGCAGUCUUAAAGACGUUUCUCUUAAACUCCAAGAGACACAGCAGAACUGUGAUGAACUAAUGGGGUCUGCAAGACAACAUCAGGAAUUACUUCAAAAUUUAACAAAGGAGCGAGAGACGCUUGAGGAAAAACUCAAAGCGACCGAGCAGCUCAAAUCGGAGAUUGAGAAAAAUCUAAGCACCUUAACCAACGAAGUGGAACAAAGCAAGGAAAACCAUGCAAAAGUCCUUCAAAAGAAGAAUACAGAAUUAGCGGAGCUAAACAACAUCAAAGAGCAACAGUCAAACCAGCUUGCAGAAAUGCAUCAAGCAGUGAAUUCUUUGCAAUCCUCACUAACAACUGAAACACAGAGGGCCCAAGACCUUGAGACAAAACUAAGCUCAGUAUUGAAUGAACUCAGCGGCAAGACGUCAGAGUUAGAAGAAACCAAAGUGCAGAAAGACAACUAUGGCAAACAACUACAGAUACUUAAAGAUGAGCUGGAUGAGAGGUCAACCCUACUCAAGUCAGUAAAGGAGAAAUUACACACAAGUGAGUGUCAAAUUAUCCAGCUUAUUGCAGCACUUGAAGAGAAACAAAGUGAAGCAUGCCAGUUAAAGGAAGCAAUGGAGAAAAAUGGAAACAUGAAGGAGGCCUUAAUAAAUGCUAAACAAGAGUUGCAAAAAGAAGUUGAUUUGAAAGAGACUAAGUUAAAAGAGAUAGAGGAACAUUUGUCAGGAGCUUUGGAGAGUGGUCGUAAAUCAUCAGAGGAAGUUGAAAGAUUGGAGAGGGACAUAGAGCAGCAAAAGAAGAAAUAUGAGGAACUGAUGUCGAAGUUUAAUGACCUGCAGAUGCAAAAGGACACCAUGCAACAAGAAAUUGAUCGUGGUGCUAUGGAGAACAAAGGCCUUCAUUCUCAGCUCAUGGAGAGCAAAGCAAAUGCAGAAAGGGGGAUGAUGGAAAUUGAAAGACUUGAGAGGGAAAAACAACAGCUUCAUGUGCAGGUCGAUAUUUUAUCUACAAAAAUUGCUGGUCAGGAUGAAGAGAGCAAGAGUGCUAAGGAGCAGUUGAAAGAGAGUGGCAAACACUCAAAGAAAGAGCUUCAGAUGAAAGACAAACAAAUCAAAACACUGGAGUCAAAGCUAACAAACUUAAAAACUAAACUAGAGACCAAAACAAAAGCUCAUGAGGAAUGCAUUAAAGAGAUAACUGCAUUGAAGGAUGAAUCAGAUGGUGCAAAGAAACUUUACAAGGAGGAGCUUCAGAAACUAUGCUCUGACCUUAAAGAGAAAUCAACAUCUGAGGCACAACUUAACUUGGAUGUGGAAAAACUGAAGAAAGCAGCUAUCGAGGCACUGAAGAAUAAAGAAGACACAGAAACCAAAUGUCAGCUGAAGAUAUCAGACAUGGUUGCUCUGAUGGAGAGACACAAGCAUGAGUAUGACAAAAUGGUGGAAGAAAAAGAUGCAGAGCUGAGUGAUAAACGGAUGAGAGAAGCUGAAAUCAACGCAAGUAAAGCACUACUGGAGCUUGAGCUGUCCCAUCUGCAAGUGGAAAAUGAUGAACUGAAAGAACAACUUGAGAAAGUCAAAAAAGAAAAGGAGACCUUGAAAGUGCCAUUUGAAAAAGGCACACCUCAACAGAUCUCUGACACCAAAUUAAAGAGAAGCAGAAACAGGAUCUCUAAAACCCCAAAAGUUUCUGCUUCUACAAAAGCAGUUUAUGCCCUUUUAAAUGAAGAAAACGAUUCUCCACCAAAAAAUACACCACUCAGUCCUAUUGGAGCAGUGAAACAAACCCCCAAAAGUCCUCUUCGGAGCCUGAGCAGAAAAUAUGAAGCAACACCGCAAAUAAAGUCCUUCAGAAUCCGCACACCACCAAGACCUGACAUAACAGGGUCUUGGAAAACCAACUUCUUGAAACUGGAUCCCAAGUCGGACAGCUCAGACAGCAAUGAUAUACUGAGUUUUUCUCCAAGACCUGUUAAAUCAAAGAAACCUAUGCAGCCAAAAGACCCAGACCAAGAAGCAGAAAGUGUCGGCUUGUUCAAAAAAAUACAGGGCGCUGCUGUGUGCAAGUCUCCAGGAACGGCUUUGAAGCUGGCAGCGAUCAAGAGAAUGCGAGAUGCAGGUUGGACCAGCAUUAGCAGUGCAACUCAGAAGAAAAGAAAAGUAACCGAGAAAAUAUUUGCUUAAAUUUUUGAUAUCAAAAAAUUAUCGUUUAUUUCAUUUAAAUGAUUGUCGUUCUCAAUACACUAUUUAACGUUAUAGUAUGUUCUGUUAAAAUAGAUAAUUUACAAUGUUCAUCAAAAACGUUGCGUUUCUGGUAGUUGUUGUUUGCAGUUGAAUUAUUAGUAAUUUAUUUGCAUUUUAAGCGUUUAUCUUUCCGUAUACUGAUUUGAUUAUUUCAUUAACUCAUUUCAUUAAUAUUUAACUUAACUGAAACUUCAUAAAAAAGAACUUAAUUUAAUAACCUGAAUUUUUUUUACAUGUACUUUGAAAGCUUCAUGUAAAAGUAAGCAUUUCUUCUGAAAAAGUUUUAAAAAUAAAUGAGGCUGGUUUCUGUAUUGACA